AUGCCACCUAAAAAUCCUAUUGAAGAUAAAAAUAAAAAAGAGGCCAAACCGGAGAUCAAGCUACGUUAUUAUCAAAGGAUGAAGAAAAAGGAUCUAAAUAAGAACAAUUUUGAGAAAUUUCUUGAAAUUUUCAAAAAGCUGGAAAUCAAUAUUCCUUUCUUUGAAGAACUAGAGCAAAUUCCCAUGUACCAAAAAUUCAUGAAGGACAUAAUCUCUAAAAAGAGAACAAUGGGAGAUAAGCCAAUAACAUUUAUUGAGAAGUGUAGUGCAGUGUCACAAGGUAGGAAAAUCCCCACCAAACAAAAAGAUCCUGGAGUUGUCACAAUCCCAUAUACUAUAGAAGACAGAACUUUCAAGAAGGUUUUGAUUGAUUCGGGAGCUAGUGUGAGCGUGAUGUCGUUGUUCAUCUAUCAAAAACUUGGUAUUGGAAAGGCCAAUAAUACAUGGACAAAUCUAAAAUUUGCAUAUCACUCCAUAAAGCAUGCAUAUGAGAUAGUGGAAGACAACCUGGUGAUAAUAGAUGAAUUUAGUUUUCCUGUUGAUUUUGUGAUCAUGGACAUGCCUGAGGAUGAAAAUACACUGAUCAUUCUUGGUUGA